GGCCGCCGCACGGGAAAUCCCGCCCCCCGGGCCCCUCCGGCACAGCCAUUGGUUCGCUGCGACGCCCGUCAACGCCACGGGGGCUGACCCGGAGAUUCCACCUCCACGGUCGGGCGCGCGUACUGGGGCGUGCAGGGGACUGUCCACGCUGGUGCGCGGCUAACCUGAGGCUGCCGUGAAGACCGCUCGUGGGGACUUGAGGCGGUUUCACUUCUGCAGCAGAUUUCCUCAGCAGCCUUAGAAAAAUCCCCCUUGCUGGCGCCACAGCCUUCCCAACCCUGCCCGAAGUUUUCAGUCUUGACUCCUGCAAAGUGAUGCCAACUCACAAAUCGUUGGAAUCCGAAAUCGUGUCAUUAACGGGUUUUAAGGUUAGUUUGUAGGUAGUAGACCUCCAAACCGUUUUUUUCCUGGACACCUACGUAUCAGGACUCACUUAAAAACCUUUGAUUUUGUUGACAAAUCAUUAGUUCUUACCUGAGGUUUGACAUUGCUGAAAUUGCAACCACCGUAUAUAUCACAAAGAAAAACGUCUUUUAAAAAUAAGAAAGAUACAGUUCCUGGGGUGAACAUACAUACCUCCGUCAGUAAAGUGCUUCUCCCGCACACUAUUUGGCAUUUCUGUUUCACUAAAAAGUGUUGGAAGAGAGUGAAAUAGCUUCUUCGGUCUCCUUGACUAUAGAGCAAAGCUCACAAGGUUGGAGAUUCGACAUGUAAGGGCUAGAACGCUGUUCUUUUUAUCGCUUCAGCCUUGCUGAACCGUUUCUCCACCUUAACAUUGCAUACUUUACUUCUCUGUAGUGUUGUGCAAAGAGUUUAUCAGUACCCACCAAAAAAAAAUGGCAAAAUCACUAAUAUUUCCAAAAAAUCUACCCAUUAACCCACCAGUCCAUCCCACUGUCAUUCAAAAAGUAUGAUAUGCUGAGAGAAGAGUAUUAGCUUCCUGGUUCUCCAGCUACUUUGAACCAAAUCCAGACACUGUCGAGCAAAUCCAAAUAUGGUAAUGAAGAUGAAGUCACGUGUUUGAAAUUACCAGAUUUUCCCCAUGAUCUCUGGAAAGAUAAAAAUUAUGUUUCAGAAGUUUUAUGACAGACUUGUAUUAUAGUUUCACGGAAUCAUCUUUACUGUUAUGAUCCUUUUAUGAGAAUUCACCCCUUAAGUUCUCUAUCAAAAGGAGAUCGUCAGUCUUGAAGAAAGGUGGUUUGAAGCUCAUUCUUACAUUGUAUGAAAGGUUCAACUUGUAUUGUGGGUAUUUUCUUCUUUUUUACUUAGCAUGAGCACAAUGCAACUGUAAAAAGCAACACUUUCAAGUAAGGUGUGUUGAAGCAUGUCCAUAUUACCAGCAAUCAGGAGACAGGUGCAAGAAUCUUUGCAAGCUGAAUGCAAGCCUGGUCUAGAUACAGAGCUCCAGACCACACAGGACUACCUAGUGAGACUAUGCUGGAGAAAAAUGGGGAGGAGGGGAGGAGGGAAAGAAGGAAGAAGAGAAAGAAAACUUCCAAGCUGCUUGUCGGAGAGAAACCUGCAGGCAACUAAGAAUGGAUGCAGCCAGGCAGCCUUUAGAGCCAGAGCUCAGAAGGCAGAGGCCUGUGGAUCUCUGAGAGUUCAAAGCCAGCCUGGUCUACAGGGAUUUUAAUUAGUGACGUUGGAAACCCAGCCCCUAGUCAGCAAAGCUAUAAGGUGAACUGCCGGAAGAUCCCAGCUCUGUACGCGGGGCAGGAGCCCUCCAGCUCGGCACGACCCUGAAGAGGAUGUCUCCCAGCCUCCGGGGAGAUGCUGAGCUCGGGGAAAGCAAGUCCUGCUCCUUUUCAAUCGAGAGCAUUUUAGGACUGGACAAGAAAAAAGACUGUGUAACGUCUACAAGACCCCACAGACCCUGGACAGACACCUGCGGCGACUCGGAGAAAGAUGGCAACCCAUGCCUGCAUGCUCCAGAUCUUCCCAGUGAGAUCUCAUUGCCUUGUCCAUUGCCAGAAGAAAGGGCUUUGAAAUGUGAAAAUUAUUUUUCAACCUCAGAGACUCUCGCUUUGAAAAGAGAGUUGAGUUGGUACAGAGGACGAAGACCAAGAACUGCUUUCACCCAAAAUCAGGUUGAGGCAUUGGAAAGUGUCUUCAGAGUGAACUGCUAUCCUGGCAUCGACAUCAGGGAGGACCUAGCUCAAGAGCUGAAUUUAGAGGAGGACAGAAUCCAGAUUUGGUUCCAAAAUCGUCGGGCAAAGCUGAAAAGGUCCCGUAGAGAAUCACAGUUUCUAAUGGCAAAAAAGCCCUUCAACACAGAUCAUCUGAAAUAGUUAGAAAAUUAUACACGUGGGACUCUCUUCCAAUUGCAGAACACAAGACAUCCAUGGAAAUGUCACGUAUUUAAAAUGCUACCGCUUCUUUCUUGUACCUAAUCUGAAUAUUGUCAUUCUUUCUGAAAAUAUGGAAAAUGAUUAUGAUCCUAGCAUACUACAUAUUAUAUCUGGACAUUUUUAGUUAUAAUAAACCUUUUUAUAUAUUUAAUAAAAAUUUCAGAAAUGA